AUGGCUCGAAAGCCGCACUUUACUCUUGCGGGAAUAGCUGUAGCGGCUUUUCUAUGCAUAUUCUUUGUACUCACAUUUCGCAAUCAAAAUCAUGGAACGAGAGCUGUAGAUUAUGGCACAGAGAGCGAUUAUAACGCUGAAUUCCCUCUGGAUAAAACUCCAAUUCUCGUCGAUGACAAUCUUCUUCAUGGAGCAGCCACUGCCCCUAAGCUGGAAAAUGCUACUUUGAAAGCGGAACUCGGCCACGCAGCCUGGAAAGUUCUACACACGAUGAUGGCCAAAUUCCCCGAUAAGCCUACAGAAGAAGACAGCUCGGCUUUAAAAUCCUACAUCCAUUUAUUUGCGCGCCUCUAUCCAUGUGGCGACUGUGCGCGACAUUUCCAAGGGCUAUUGAAGAAAUAUCCACCUCAAGUAGCAACGAGGAGUACGGCAGCGGCGUGGGCAUGUCAUGUCCACAACGAAGUUAACAAGCGUUUGAAGAAGGAGAUAUUCGAUUGUAGUAAGAUUGGAGACUUCUAUGACUGUGGAUGUGCCGAGGAUGGUGAGCCGGGGAAAGCUGGCGAGGCAAAGACACAGGUCAAGAAGGGGGAGGGAGAGGGUUUCACGCCAUUAGAGUUGGAUAAGGAAGGAUGGUAUUCAUGUGGAUAUGGAUCGCUUGAAGAAGGGAGAAGUCAAGAACCUCUAUGUAAGAAGCCUAGAGACCACGAUAACAAUAAUGUUCGAUUCGAGAUCAGCGUUGACAUUGAUUUCAGUAUGGCCAUAAACUUUAAGGAUGGUGUCAUUUUGGGUGCGGACAGUAGAACAACAACCGGGUCAUAUAUCGCAAACCGAGUUACAGACAAGCUCACCCAAGUACAUGAUACAAUUUGGUGUUGUCGAUCAGGUUCUGCGGCUGACACUCAAGCUGUUGCGGAUAUUGUUCAUUAUCAGUUGGGAAUGUAUGGAGUUUUGAAUGGCAAAACACCAACCACACAAACGGCCGCCGCCAUGUUCCAGGAACUUUGCUACGACAACAAGGAUCAAUUGAGUGCUGGUUUGAUUAUUGCUGGUUGGGAUGAGCGACACGGAGGUCAAGUCUACUCAAUACCAUUAGGAGGAUCGUUACACAAGCAAUCUUAUGCUAUUGGAGGUUCCGGCUCAACAUACAUCUACGGAUACUGUGACGCAAACUGGAAGGAAGGUAUGGAAGAGGCUGAUGCUGUUGACUUUGUUAAGGGCGCAUUGCAGGAGGCUAUCAAAUGGGAUGGGAGUUCCGGAGGUGUCAUUAGAAUGGUGGUUUUGACGGCUAAGGGAGCAAACAGGCAUCUAUACUUGCCAGACACGAAUUAUACCGUCCGUCAUCAAUAG